AUGGAUAUCAGCAAGCAGGUGCUUGGGCCAGAGCAUCCCAGUACUCUGACUAGCAUAAGCUACCUGACAUCAACCUACCUAAAGCAGGGACGAUUGAAGGAAGCCGAAGACCUAGAGGUACAGGCAAUGGAUAUCAGCAAGCAGAUGUUUGGGCCAGAACAUCCCCAUACUCUGUUUAGCAUGGGUAACCUGGCAUCAAUCUACCGACAUCAGGAACGAUGGAAGGAAGCUGAAGAGCUAGAUGUAUAUGUGGUGGAUAUCAGUAAGCAGGUACUUGGGCUAGAGCAUCCUAAUACUCGGACUAGUAUAAGUAACCUGGCAUCAACCUAUCGAAAACAGGGACAAUGGAAGGAAGCUGAAGAGCUAGAGAUAAAAGUGGUGGAUAGCAACAAGCAGGCACUCGGGCCAGAGCAUCACUAUACCUUGAACAGCAUGGCAAACCUGGCUUUCACAAUUGGGGCGUUAGGUCAACAUGAAUCUGCUUUCAGAUUAAUGGCCGAAUGCGCCCGACUCUUUGACCGAAAUUUACGCCCUAACCACCCGGAUACCACAAAUUCAAAGGCCACUUUGAAUAGGUGGCGCGGAAUGCAUAACGCUCAAAGUUCUCAAUCUCUUCAAGCAUCGGCCGGGAUAGAAGCCCAGGGACAUAUGCAAUCCAUUACUGCACAAAUCAAUGAGCGACAUCAUGAAAGUGGUAGAAAGUUUCGGCGAGCAAUCCUUUCGCGGUUGUUCCGCGGAAAAUAG